AUGCUGGCCACUGUGAAGCACACUUUCCUGCACUGGUAUGCUGCUGACGAGUCGCCACCACGUCGUGCUCGCUCGGCAGAUGUGCAGAGAACCACGGCCACGGACAUGUCCGAAUACGAGGAUUGUGUGCAGAAGCUAAACAAGAUCUCGGCGGCGCCGGAGAGCAAAGAGCUGUUGGCGCCGCCAGCCGAGUCCCCUGUCGCACCCUCUGUGGAGGAGCUCCGAACCUUGCAGCGCAAGAUUGCCGAGUGCGCAGGCUUCCCGGCCAAGGACCCCGUAACGGGACUCUCUUCGAAGCGCAUCCUCUCGAGCAGCUCCGUGAGCACCAUGGCCUCCGAGGCCGAGGACCACUCGAUCUCGAAGGUGAAUCCGAUGCACAAGGCCUGCUCCAGCGGUUCCGUGAGCUCAAUGUGCUCGGAGCUGUGGGCAGAUUGCCAAGACGACACAGGCUUGACGACAAUCGAGAUUGGCCCCAUCAUUGAGGAGGACGAGCGCGACCAUCCACGUGUGGCUGCGGCCAAGGAUGGGAGCAAGGCAGAGUUCACCCACAACCAGGUUCCCAAGACCGUGAAUCUUGCAGCGGAGUUCUCCAAGACGCCCCUUCGCACUCCUCCAACCACGAUGAUGAUUCGCAACAUUCCGAACCGCUACACUCAACGGGAGUUCGUGCGCGAGUUGGACGGGCUUGGCUUCGAAGGGACCUACGACUUCUUGUACUUGCCCAUCGACAAGGGGACGCUUUGCAAUGUGGGCUACGCCUUCGUGAACUUCCUGGAGCCAGUCUAUGCACAGCGCUCCAUGGAGGUCUUCCACAAUUACGUCUUCCAGCGCUACCGCAAGGUUCGUGGCAAGAUCGCAGCUGUGUCCAUCGCUCACAUCCAGGGGCUGGAAGCCAACAUGCGCCACUACGAGAAUUCGGCGGUGAACAUGGCACCGCGCAUCAAGCAGCAGCGGGGGCCGCUCAUCAUCCCACGCGGAAGCACGGGCAGUGAAAUCUGCCCCUGA